UUCUCAUAAGGACCACACAACCUAGAUUCCUCACAUGUGCGGUUCACAAUAGGGUUCCCACUCCUAUGAGAAUCUAACGCCCCUGCUGAUGUGACAGGAAGCUGGGCUCAGGUGGUGAUGCUCGCUUGCUGGCAGCUCUCCUCAUGCUGUGCAACUGGUUCCUAAAAGGCCACCGACCGGUACCAGUCCCUGACCUGGGGUUUGAGGACCCCUGAUCUAGGGUAAGACUAAGGAAUAGAAGACUGGCUCCACAUAAUUCUAAACCACUGCCGGAAUCCUGCCUUAGUUAUGCAGCUGGCCAGAGAGCUCUGAGAAGGCAGGUUUCUCCCAUUCUUUCAGCCAGAAUGAAGAUUGCUUUAGAAAUUUGUAUUGUAAUAGAAAUUCUCUAAUGAUCAAAGAGACCGAAUCUGUAUGUGUGAAAGUGUUUGUGUGUGUGUGUGUGUAUGUGUUGACAGAGAGAGAAUGUGUGUGCGCAUGUAUAUCUAUAUAUGUGUGUGUUUGAGAGAAAAAGAGAGAGAGAGAUGCUUGAAUAAAGGCUUAUCCUGGGAAAGAGCUUGCCAGCACCUAAGUGUUGCUAACUUGAGUAUAUCUUUUUCAAUUCUACACAAAAUAGGAUACAAAAUUUGUUCUUCUUUUCAACAUUUGGCUGAUUUUAUGUAAAUCUCCUCCUCUUCUGUAUACGGCUUAUUCUGGUACUGGAAUAGGAAAGUGCUAUUCCUCUUCAAAGACCCAUACUGAAGCAAAAGGAAUUUAUAAAAUAUAAAAAAUAAUUUAACCCCAGUGUUCUCAAUCAGAAAAAUAUAGUUGCCAUAUUUCAUAUGAAACAUGCUCACAGUAAAUGCUGCCUCCCUUCCUUUCUGUAAGAACAGAGCCUCAUAUAUGAGAAGAAAUGUCCAACGGCAGCUUCGUGACAGCGUUCAUCCUCACGGGCCUUCCCCAUGCCCCAGCGCUGGACACCCCACUCUUUGGAGCCUUCCUGGUCAUUUAUGUGCUCACUGUGCUGGGGAAUCUCCUCAUCCUGCUGGUGAUCAGGGUGGAUUCUCACCUCCACACCCCCAUGUACUCCCUUCUCACCAACCUGUCCUUCAUUGACAUGUGGCUCUCCACUGUCACGGUGCCCAAAAUGCUGAUGACCUUGGCAUCUCCAAGUGGCAGGGUUAUCUCCUUCCACAGCUGUGUGGCUCAGCUCUAUUUCUUUCACUUCCUGGGGAGCACCGAGUGUUUCCUCUACACGGUCAUGUCCUAUGAUCGCUACCUGGCCAUCAGUUACCCGCUUAGGUACACCCGCAUGAUGAGUGGGCGCUCGUGUGCUCUCCUGGCCACUGGCACUUGGCUCAGUGGCUCACUGCACUCUGCUGUCCAGACCAUAUUGACUUUCCAUUUGCCCUACUGUGGACCCAACCGGAUCCAGCACUACUUCUGUGACGCACCGCCCAUCCUGAAACUGGCCUGUGCAGACACCUCAGUCAACGAGAUGGUCAUCUUUGUGAACAUUGGGGUAGUGGCCUCGGGCUGCUUUCUCCUGAUAGUGCUGUCCUAUGUGUCCAUCGUCUGUUCCAUCCUGCGGAUCCGCACCUCAGAGGGGAGGUGCAGAGCCUUUCAGACCUGUGCCUCUCACUGUAUCGUGGUCCUUUGCUUCUUUGGCCCUGGUCUUUUCAUUUACCUGAGGCCAGGCUCCAGGGACGCUGUGGAUGGGGUUGUGGCCAUUUUCUACACCACGCUGACUCCUCUUUUCAACCCUGUUGUGUACACCCUAAGAAACAAGGAGGUAAAGAAAGCUUUGUUGAAGCUGAAAAAUGGGUCAGUAUUCUCUCAGGGUAAAUAGUCAAGAAAAGUCAGAUAUGACUAACUUUUAUUUUUUUAUUUGUAAAU